GCGGCCAUCCCCUCUGCGGCGAUAUCUUCGUUUCCCGCGAUCCCGGGGUCUUCCUGCCGUGAUGAAGGACGUGCCCGGCUUCUUACAGCAGAGCCAGAGCUCUGGUCCCGGCCAGGCCGCCGUGUGGCACCGUCUGGAGGAGCUCUACACGAAGAAGUUGUGGCAUCAGCUGACACUUCAGGUGCUUGAUUUUGUGCAGGACCCGUGCUUUGCCCAAGGAGAUGGUCUCAUUAAGCUUUAUGAAAACUUCAUCAGUGAAUUUGAACACAGGGUGAAUCCUUUGUCCCUGGUAGAAAUCAUUCUUCAUGUAGUUAGACAGAUGACUGAUCCUAAUGUGGCUCUUACUUUUCUGGAAAAGACUCGCGAGAAGGUGAAAAGUAGCGAUGAGGCAGUGAUCCUGUGUAAAACCGCAAUUGGCGCUCUGAAACUAAACGUCGGGGACCUCCAGGUUACAAAGGAAACAAUUGAAGAUGUUGAAGAAAUGCUCAACAACCUCCCCGGUGUGACAUCAGUUCACAGUCGUUUCUACGAUCUCUCCAGUAAAUACUAUCAAACAAUUGGAAACCAUGCCUCCUACUACAAAGAUGCUCUGCGGUUUCUGGGCUGUGUUGACAUCAAGGAUCUGCCAGUGUCUGAGCAGCAGGAGAGAGCUUUCACACUGGGACUAGCAGGACUUCUUGGCGAGGGCGUUUUUAACUUUGGAGAACUUCUCAUGCACCCCGUGCUGGAAUCACUGAGGAGCACCGACCGGCAGUGGCUGAUUGACACCCUGUAUGCCUUUAACAGUGGCAACGUAGAGCGAUUCCAGACCCUGAAGACUGCCUGGGGCCAGCAGCCUGACUUAGCCGCCAAUGAAGCCCAGCUUCUGAGGAAGAUUCAGUUGUUGUGCCUCAUGGAGAUGACUUUCACACGACCUGCCAAUCACAGACAACUCACUUUUGAGGAAAUUGCCAAAAGUGCUAAAAUCACUGUGAACGAGGUGGAGUUGCUGGUGAUGAAGGCGCUCUCGGUGGGGCUGGUGAAAGGCAGCAUUGAUGAGGUGGAUAAGCGGGUUCACAUGACCUGGGUGCAGCCCCGUGUGCUGGAUUUGCAGCAGAUCAAGGGAAUGAAGGACCGCCUGGAGUUCUGGUGUACCGACGUGAAGAGCAUGGAGAUGCUGGUGGAGCACCAGGCCCACGACAUCCUCACCUAGUGUCCCCCUGCGUUGGCCUGUCUGUGGGCAGGUAUUUCGUUGCUGAUGAACCUGGCAGCUGAGAAGAUCUGCAUUUAAUUGGGGGUGGGGGUUGGGAUUCUGUUUGAAAUAGGGACUAUUCCUGCUGUGAAAACAGAGGCCCGUCAUUGAUGGGGGGCGCCUGGCCAGAGGGAGAAGCCUCCUGUGUGAGUGUCUCCCGCAGCCUGCAGUGGCGAGGGGUCACUGUGUCUCAGGGGAUGAGGCAGGAUGUAGGUACCCCGAGGCAUGGGAAGAUGUGGAGGACACCCACUGCAAGGCUGCUCUCCACGCAUCCACCUGUGUGAAUGUCUUUUCCAGUGUGGUUUGAGAAUGUUCCUGGAAUAAACGCCUUUGCUUUGUC